GUGACCGAGUAGACAUUCGGCGAAACUACAGUCCGAGUAGCUAGCGCUGCGCCACUGCAGCAAUUGAGGGUUUAGUCAAUUUGUCUGGUGGCAGUCAGUUGGGCACCGGGAAGGGAGCGCGCGGUGGCGCUUAUAUCGAUCUGAAAUUUUCGUGUACCCGUCCGCGUACGGUCUCUGUAUAUUCGCCCAGUGGUCGCCGUCGGCGCCGGCCUUGUUGCACGGUUCACGCGCCGCUUACAUUUGUUUCCCUCGCGCGAUCAUGCCCGCCGAGUCUAAUUGAUAACACGACACACGCACCCGUGAGCGCACCUGAGGGCCGUACGAGCCUCAUCUAACGUAUUCAUUUGAUCGAUCUCGAGCAGCGAAACUUAGAUUUCAAAAUGGGUUGCUUCGUUAGUAAAGACAAACUUACCAAAGAAGACAUGGACUUCCUUAAGACUCACACUUCCUAUGAUGAGACCACCAUCAAGGAGUGGUACAAGGGCUUUAAACAAGACUGCCCGAACGGCAGGCUGACACCGGCUAAGUUCGUCGACAUGUACAAGAUGUUCUUCCCAUCUGGGAACGCUGUGGAGUUCUGUGACCACGUCUUCCGCACAUUCGACAUGGACAAGAAUGGUUACAUUGAUUUCAAGGAGUUCCUCCAAGCCAUUCACGUUACGUCGAGCGGCACACCAGAGGAGAAACUGAAGUGGGCCUUCCGAAUGUACGAUGUUGACGGGAACGGGGUCAUCGACAUCCAGGAGAUGACCAAAAUCGUCCAGGCCAUCUACGAUAUGCUGGGCGCUUGUUCAAGUAACCGGCCAGCCGAUUCGGCCGAGGAACGCGCCAAGAACAUCUUCGCGAAGAUGGACGAGAACAACGAUGGGCAGCUCACGCAGGAUGAGUUCCUCAAGGGAUGCUUGCAGGAUGAGGAGCUCUCAAAGAUGCUCGCACCUUAAAUUGGCCAUCAGGAGUGUCAGUCCUCGGUCCUGGCCACCCACCCUGUGUACCCUGCGAUAACCCGGCGGCGAACCUUGUGUUGACACGACAGCCAUAAAUAAAAUACACGCACAUAUCGAGUAGUAAUUUAUAAACAGAUGCUCCGCAAAACAGAUACGAAAUUGUUUAUUAAAUUCAGUAAGCCACAUACAUGCAAAACACACAUUUAGAUACAUUUGUUUAGUUUUAGCUCCGCUGUCGUGUAAUCACGGCGAUUGAACGUAAGUAAGCCGCGAUAAGCACGCGUCGGCCGCGAUUUUCGGGAUCCGCGCGAACCGACUGCAGCCCUGUAUUUGUUCAACAUCCGAUCUAAUUAUGAAACGCACCGAAAUGUUUCGUUCGCGCGAAUAAACACGGAACGAUUCGAUUGAUUGUGCUCGCGUGUUUGUUCGAUCUGUACUCUUCAAACAGAACUAGAAUUGCAGAACCUAAAUUGGAUUUGCCCAACCGCUAUUGGAACGGCGGCUCUUGACUGGCCGACGCGUGUUUUCAGACGCUUCUUCUCGUGUUUUUUGAUCUAAAUGUUUAAAAACGUAAACGUAUUUAAUUAAUAUUGAUGUAACGAAUUUGAUGUCAAUGAAUUUUUAAAUAUCCUGUUCUCCUUCUUAGUCUGCGUAAAUAAAUGUAUUUUUACGUAUUUCGCUGUCGGAUUGUCCACUCCGUUAAAUAUAAGUAUUGUGUCCGUACCACUCACCUUUUAGACGACCUUAUUAUCAUCUAAGAAGCUCGAUAUAUAUCGAAAUAUAUUUCCUUCUAACCUAAUUACGGAUUUCUUUAACUGCACGGUAUAAUGUCAAUCUUUAAAUUUUACUAUUAAGAUAAAAAUUAGUGUAGCGGACGUACAGAAUAGAUCAGAUUGUUUAAACGAAGCGCUCCUGUGCUCGCAGUUACCGAAGCCCGCACGCCGACAAUCUGUGUGCUUGGUGCGAGUAUUUUAACGUUCUCGAUAGCGUAAAAGUUAACUCAUAUUUGUAUGUAUCUAGAACAGCGCCCCUAGCGGCAAACGUAGACAAAUGUUCCAACUCCAUACAAAUAUGAGUUAACGUUUACGCUAUCGAGAACGUUAAAAUACUCGCACUAAGCACACUGUACAGCUCUGUAAGGCUAGUUUACGUAAUAUAAUUAACCUCAGUCUUUAAAAUGCAAAUUAUCUUUUCAGUCGUAUCGGUGUUAGAUCAUUAUUCGCGAGGGAUCUUCACUUUAGAUGUCAGGUGUAAUCUUUAAUGAGCCUUUUGUUGUUUCAGCGCUUUUCACAUUACAACGGUCGUUUCGUGAUCCGUUUGUUUUGUUUCACUGAACAUACUGAUUAUUUUCUUAACUUCAUAGAUGUCUCACGCUACCCCUAUUACUGUGCCUUCUAGUUCUUUGUAAAUAUAGUUUUCGGAACCUGUUUUUUUUUUUAAUAUAUAUACUCAAUAGCUCCUUAUUAAUCAACCAUCAUCAUUCAUUAACGCAUUGUGGCCAAAUGAAUACUGAAUCGAGGUUUUGAAUACGCCCCUAUUAGCUUAUUAUAAUUUAUUAUGUGUCUUUUUCUUGGAGCGUCACUGUUGUAUUUCAAUGUGACCGUCAUUUACGAUCGCGUAACAAGUCGUAGGAGUCGCGAAAUUCAUUAAUUUAAGGCUUAUUUUAAGUUUUUUAAUGUGUUUCAGUGCAUUUUAUUAUGGAAUAAAACGCGACAAGCACAAAUUGUAUUUGCACAAAUCGACCUAUUUAUAAUAAAUAGCGCAGGCGUGCACUGGAAACUUAUAGAACCCUGUUGUUGUAAAGAACAUUCCACGUAACCGCGCGUUUAUUUAGUUGAUAAGUUCGUACGUUUUAUUUUUGGCUUUAUGUUUACCGUAUAUUAUUAUUAUUAACGUUACGUUUUUAUUUACCUAUAAUAAUUAUUAUUUUGGAUUUCUUUUAAAGAACAGUAAUUGUUUAAAAAAAACGACCAAAGAAAUCGAUGUAACUGUUAGUCACGCAAAUUUAAAUAAACAAGACGACUGAUUCACGUAACAUUAGGGAAAAGGGAUCAAGAAUACUCGUUCGGACCUGAAGGUAGCUUGCGAAUAGGGUGACGGAUAACAUAUCACAUAUAAAGCAAAUUUCCAUUGACAUUUAUAGUUUGACAACAUCGACAAAGUCUAGAGAAUGCCACGGGCGUAAUCACUCAUAAUUUGGAAAGAGCAUAAAAGUUUUGUUUUUUUACUAAUUAAUUGACUACAUAUUUCUUGUGUUUAAAUGCCGUCUGACUUCUAACACAUUACAAGCUUUAUUAAAAUGUAAAUAAAACAAAUCAUCAGUACAGGGUUCGGAUGAUCAUGUGAAAAAGAAAACGCAAAACUUCUUCUACGAUAUCUUCAAAAAUCUUCGUAAGGAACAUUACGAUAGGCAGUGGUUUUGGCUUUGCCCCUGGCGUUGCUGAAGUCCAUGGGCGUCGGCAACCACGCACCAUCAAGUGGGCCGUAUGCUCAUUUGCCCACAAGGAAAAUAAACAAUUUAAAAAAAAACUGACUAUUUAUCAAAAACCAAGUACUAAAGCAAUAGUAUUGAAAUAGUUCCGAAACAACUUAAAUAAAAAAAUCGGUAAUGAUAAUAAUCAUUUUAAUUGAUUUAAUGUGGUAUGUUGACAAUCUACGUUCUAUGAAACAACUUGAAGUUUCACACACGCUGUUUGUCUGUAGGCAAUACAUCAGGGCGUGCAUGUGUUAGAAGUCACACGAGGUAAUAUGACCCGCGAUCAAGAAAAAUCCGUAGAAGUGAUGCAAAUAAAAUCAUCUCCGACACGUGCAUUUUUACAAGCAGGUUCACUUCGAUAUUUAAAUACGCGAUGACCUUUACAAUAUACUGAAUCGAUUAUAAUCAACUACAGGCAUCGAUUUUUAAAUUUUGAAACAGUAAGUACUUCCGCGAACACAAGCGGCUUAAGAAUUUAUCUUUUUGACAAGCGUUGUGAAACCGCCCUCGGUAAGGUCUUCGACCGACCGGAGCAUGUCUUUUGGCAAUUUGAGGUUAGAUUCGUUUGCGUCACUUCGAUUAGUGCUUUUGGAGUUCCCUUCGAGACGUCUAAUUAAGUUGUUUUUUUUUUUCUGACGCUACCGUAAGAACAACCAGUUUUACUUGUGUUAUGUUCUAAAUCUCAAAUCUUAGCUUUACGUACUUUAAUGUUAGUAUAGUUUACGCUUGUAAUAUGUUUGACGAUGUGCCAUUUGUAUUGACUUUGUUGUAACGCCGUGUCUACACUCGCAAUGCGAUUCUCAACGGCCAUUAAUAUCCCGAAGAACUUAUGUCGUAAUUCAAAAGCUGUAGUGUAGAAAUGGCUUUAAAUGUAUUUAUUUAUCUUAGAUGUAUUUGAAAACUUAAUCAUUUCUAUUCGCGAAGGUACAACUCUGUCAUCGUUUGUACGAAGCUUCGAAAACUGAACUUGACCCCAACUUGCAUAAAAAUAGAUUGUUUCUGAUUAUCCACGCCGCCAUCGGCAGCGGCGUUUUCAAUAAUUCCACAGUAACUGAUCCUCGACCAGUACAUCCGCUAAGAGUCGUGCGAUCGGCACACGGUGAAAAUUUCAUUCUUAACUCGCACUGUCGGCUUCAAUGUAAAUCGUAUUAAUUUUCCGAGUAUAUCAUGAUGUGGCAGAGUCGUUUCCUCAACGUAAAUUUUAAUAAGCAAAGUAUUUUAGCUAUAAUUAGUGUUUUUUGAAAUUUAGGAAGCUUGAGCACAUCUUAAUUACGCUAUUACUAUAAUCAAUGUACUAGUAUAGAAUAAGUUUUAAGAUAUCAAUGUAACUAGCAGCGUUUUAGGCGCACAAUACGUUUUAGUGAACGAACCACUGAUUUAAAAGUGAACAAAAAUAAUAAUAAUGAUAAUAGCAGAUUUAACGACGCACUAAUUAAUAUGUUUAAUCUACAUUUUAAUAUAACGUUUGUACGCUACAUUUGUGGGUCUCUUUAUUACAUUCUUGACAAAACUAUAUAAAGUAUAUAUUUUCUGUUUAGUUUGGCGUUUGGAAAUAUCGUUGACGCGGCACGUUUGAUUCCCAAUGGGAAUAUAUUACGUGAAGUUUUUAACUUCUGCGGCGGCACGGAUCGUAAACGCGAUACAGCGCUUUGCAUGUUCCAUUCAAGAAUCUCCAAGUUUUCAUUUUAACUAUAUAUUUUCUAUGAGAUACUCAGUAAAAUUUGCGGUGUUUUUUUUUUUUUUUCUAAUGACUAACUCUUAGCCGCAUUUCAGGCAUUAAGUAUUCCUUAGAUAGAUACCGUAUAAUAAAUAGUUCGAUACCAUUACGAGUAUGUCCCAUUGUGUCUAUGUUUUAUUACUAAGAAUACAUAUUUUUAACGAUUCACAUUUUGCCUAUUCAUGUAUAAUAUACAAAUUAUAAAAAUA